CGGAGACAGCGAGGACGCCGCGCGAGGUCUUACCCCGGUCCUCGCUUUAGCCUCGCCACGGUCACGCGUGGGCGACUCGCAUCUCGCCUCCAUCUCCAGCCACUGCGCAACAGCCAGCAUCGAUGGACAGGCCAAUGGGCCCGCGCCAGCCAGAUCCCAAGCGGCACGCCGCCUUUGAGUCCAUCUUCGGCAGACCGACGCCCUCGGCUCCGCCGCAAGCCGCCCCGCGAGCGUCGUACACCACCGCGAACGCACCCACGUACCAGUAUAACGGCCACCUCAACGCCUACCCGCAACAAGCGGGAUAUCCUGGUGGUGGAGGAGCGGCGCUCGACAGGCGACCGUCAGCGUUAUCUGCCUACGGGCAUCCGACCGGCCACUCGCCAUCACCACCCUACGCCCAGUCGCCACCUCCACCGACCGCAUAUCGCCAGUCCUACUAUCCCUCGCAGGCCCCGCCAUCGCAGCAGCAGCCGCAAGGGUACUACCCGUACCCGUCACCCCAGCCACCGCCCCAAAACGCCUAUCCGUCGCCUUCCCUUGCUCCUCCUGCGGCCAGCGGACGAGCACGUUCCAUGGUGAGCCAAUCCGGACAACAUGCAGGAAUCAUAUCCCCAAGGCCCGAGGCCGAUCCUCCCGAUCCUGCGCUCGAGGUGCUCACGAAGCAGGGCAUGACACCGGCCCAAGCAUACCAGUAUCAGGUCUAUAUGAACAACAACCCCGGGCAACAUCCUUUCCCGAGCAACUACCCGGGCGGUCAACAGCGAAAUUCGUACCCGAACUCGGUGAACGGAAGUAACCAGAGCCCACGGAGGAGUCCGGUGAACGACAUGCUCGGAGUGCACGUCGAGGACGGCAGACUGGCGCUCGAUUUCUUGGAAGGUGGGAGCGGAGGCGGGAGCAGUCCGAGUGAUGGGAGUGCUGUCGGCACGGACGAUGGGAGCAGCGAGCUGCCUUGGAGAGACGGCCAACGAAACACCCUCACUGCAAUCCAGAGUCGAGAGAUUCAACACCUACAAACGCGCGUGCAGCAGCUGCAGCUAGACACCCGCAUGCAUACGGGCGCGGGCGGCUCGGCGUCUGCGCCCUCCUCGGCUUCCGCCUACUCAAGCACUACGCAGUCGUUCUACGCCUCCUCCACCUCCACUGCCGUUCACAACACAUCGCCCUCGCCUUCUUCCCUCCACGCGCCCUCACCCGAUCUCUCGCUGAACAGUCAAAGCACAAGGAGGUCGUCCGAGAGCACGAGGACAAUGCCGAUGCCUUUGCAAGGCUCGUACAAACGCGACCGAAGCUACGCAGACCGGAGCAGGAGUAUGAGCGCCACCGUCCGCGGCGUCUUCGACCCGAACGCCUCCCUCGGUAAAGGCGCCCGCGACCGGCCAGGCAUCCCGAACAUGGCCUCGGGCUCGUCUUCGCACGCGCACCACCACUCGCACGCCGCCCCGCACACGAUCCCGCUCGCGCAGCAGCAGCAGGUGCUCGCGCGGCGCACGCCGAUCGUGUACCCCGCGCUGCUCUCGCGCGUCGCGCUCGCCUUCCGGGAGCGCAUCACGCUCGCGGACCGGACGAAGGACGGGCUGACGUACCACGACGCGUUCGACGGCCGGGAGGCGGUCGACAAGAUCGCGUACAUCAUCAAGACGACGGACCGCAACCUGGCGCUGCUCCUCGGUCGCGCGCUGGACGCGCAAAAGUUCUUCCAUGACGUCACGUACGACCAUCGACUAAGGGACAGCAGCGGCGAGCUGUACCAGUUUGGAGGGGUGGGGCCGAAGGUGUGGGGGAGCGGCGAGCUCGCGGCGGCGGCGGCGGCGACGAAGGAGGGAAAGGAAAGUACGCCCGAGGGGACGACGGACGGUCAUGGCGGUUCUGAGCAGGACGGCAAAGUUGAAUCUCCGGAUACUCCUACGACCGCGAAGGCGGAUGCGGGCGUUGAGGAGACGCCGCUGCCGUCGGGCGUGUUCACGCUGUUGACGGACUGCUACAGUCCGACGUGCAGCAGAGAUCGGUUGUGCUAUAGCAUCGCGUGUCCGCGACGGCUCGAGCAGCAGGCGAGGCUGAACAUGAAGCCGCAGCCCGGGCUGAAGAAGCAGAUCAGUAAGGAGAGUCUGGGCGACCUUGUGGAGCCUGGGACACUCUGGAUCCACUCGGUGCCCAAGGAGGUGGUAGAUAGUGUGUCUGACCAGGAGAAGAAGCGCCAGGAGGCCAUCAACGAAGUGAUCUAUACGGAACGCGACUUCGUGCGGGAUAUGGAGUACCUCCGCGACAUCUGGAUCAACCCUCUCAAACAAUCCGACGUUAUCCCCGCCCACCGGCGUACGGACUUCUUGGAACAAGUCUUCUGGAACAUCCACGACAUCAUCGCGGUCAACACUCGCCUGCGCGAUGCGCUCAACAAGCGCCAGAAGCAGUACGCCGUUGUCGAGAGGAUAGGCGACAUCUUGCUCGACGCGGUGCCGCAUUUCGCGCCGUUCGUGAGCUACGGAGCACAUCAGCUCUACGGCAAGUACGAGUUUGAGAGGGAGAAGGGGAGCAACCCAGCGUUUGCUCAGUUCGUAGAGAUGGCGGAGAGGUUGCCUGAGUCGCGAAAACUCGAGCUCAAUGGCUAUCUCACCAAGCCCACGACGCGUCUUGCGCGUUACCCGCUCCUGCUCGAAGCCGUCCUCAAGCACACGCCCGACGAUAAUCCGGAUAAGGUUGCACUCCCUCAGGCGGUGGCCCUCGUUCGAGAGUUCCUUGCGCGGGUGAACACCGAGUCCGGCAAAACCGAGAACAGAUUCAAUCUCCUGCAGCUUGACCAGCAGCUUGUGUUCAGGCCGGGCGAGGAGGUCGAUCUGCGGCUGAAGGAGGAGGGUCGCGAGCUCGUGUACAAGGGCCCGCUGAAGAAGCGCAGCGGUGGCCAAGGCGAUAGUGGCGAGCUGCAGGUGUUCUUGUUCGAUCAUGCGCUAUUGAUGGUGAAGCAGAAGACCAAGCAUGAGCAGUAUAAGGUCUAUCGACGGCCUAUCCCCCUGGAGCUUCUCGUUGUCUCCGCUGCGGACGAUUUCCCAUCCACCGGCAACGGCCGGAGCAGCAAGGACAAGUCGACCAAGUCGCUCAUCAAGCGCAACUCGUUCACCCGCUCCUUCCCCAAUGCUCCGAUCGUCGCACCGGUCAAGGGUGACUCGAAGGGCAGCUUCUCGAUGACGUUCGUGCAUCUCGGUAGGAAGUACUACUCCAUGACGCUGUACGCGAGCACGUAUGUUAGCCAGCGGAAAUGGGUGGAGAACAUACAGAAGCAGCAGGAUCUGAUGCGGGAGAGGAGCUUGGUGUUUUACACGGAGACAUUGAACGAGGGCUUCUUCUUGGGUCCGAACAAGGUCAACUGUGCCGCGCCGUACAAUGCCGGUCGUCGCGUGGUGUAUGGGACGGACGAUGGUGUUUACAUCUCCGACCUCAUGGAUCGUGGACGAGAGCCACUGAAGGUGCUCGCAUUGAUGGAUGUGACCCAGAUUGAUGUUCUCGAGGAGUACCAGCUUCUCGUCGUUCUCUCCGAGAAACAAGUGAUCACUUUCCCACUCGAGGCAUUGGAUCCGAGGGAUCCUAUGGCUGGCCUCAAACGCGCCAAGCGCAUUUCCUCGCACAUCUCGUUCUUCAAAGCCGGAUACUGCCUUGGAAAGGCGCUGGUUUGCGUCGUCAAGUCUUCACCGCUCUCCAGCACGAUCAAAGCAUUCGAGCCGAUUGACCAGAACGUGCGUCGGCGGAAGCAGCCCACGUUCAAGUCGUUCCUGGCCGGCGGAAACGACACAUUGAAGGUGUUCCGGGAGUUCUACAUCCCCGUGGAGAGUAGCUCGAUUCACUUCCUGAAGACGUUGCUUUGCGUGGGGUGCACGAAAGGUUUCGAGGUGGUGGACCUGGAGACACUGGAGACGCAAGGGUUGUUGGACCCGGCGGACGAGUCCCUCGAGUUUGUGUCGAAGCGCGACGGGCUGCGGCCCAUGGCGAUCUUCCGCAUCGACAACGAGUUCCUCUUGUGCUACGAUGAAUUUGCGUUCUACGUCAACAAGAAUGGAUGGCGCUCGCGCAAGGAGGUCAUGGUGCACUGGGAAGGCUCUCCUACCGGCUUUGCUCUUCGUUAUCCCUAUGUCAUCGCUUUCGAGCCCACCUUCGUCGAAAUUCGACACGUUGAGACCGGCGCGAUGGCCCAGAUCAUCCAGGGCAACAACCUGAGGUUGCUAUUCGCAGAUAUGCCCCCGAAGGCCACGACCAACUCGCAGAUGAGUGCGCAAUACCCCUAUAACCCAUACUCGCCGUACCCGAACUCGUCAGCCGGCUCGCGACAAUCUCUAUACGGUGCAUACGGCGGCGCAAACCCGCAGUUCCCGACGCCGAACCCCUACCGCAGAAACGCUUUCGGCAGAGACGAGAUCAUCCUAGUCUCAGACGACCGCGUCAUGAUGCUGCGCAUGGCGGGCGAGGACCAGCACCAGCAGCAAUACCAACAGCAGCCCCAGUAUUCGCCGCAGCUAAGUCCUUACCCAGGCAUGCCUGUGCGCACGUCUCAGAUGCCACUGCCACCCCUACCUGUCUCUGACACGAUGUCGAUGAUGUCGGCGUCGUCUGUAUCUGGCCGCACUUCGUCGCAGACGGUGCGAUAGCUCUUCGCACUACUUUCGAUGCUUCGCCGCGUCUUGCUGUACCGAUGCCUCUUUGCUUGUUUCCAUACGCCGCUUUCCCCGUCGUCUCUCAUCGCACACGCAUUUAUAUAUAUAUUACCGCAUUGUAUCGAACUGUUUGCAUAUAC